CCGAAAGUAUACUCAUUGUUCCCCUCCUUUAAAAUAAAUCAUUGGUAAUUUUUCUGUUUUAUUUUUUUUUAUAAGGAAUUAGCUCGCUCUGUUAGAAUUGUGGGGAAGUUUUUAUAAAAAAGGUAUUCUUGUCAAUUUUUUUUCUCUUGUCUUCCAACCAAUUAUAUUGAAUAUGAAGAACGUUUACUCUCCAGACAGUCCGUAUGUCUUCCAAUCGAAUACCAAUGAGUCUCUCGACGAACUCAUUGAACAGUACCUCCCACUCCAAGGUGCCGGUAGUGAUUUAGUCAAAAGAUCGGUUCCAAUUCCUGGCACUGCCACCGACGGGUUCAGUGAAAUAUACCGCAAUGCUGCAUUCCCAAAUUCGGUGAAAAGAGGUAUCCAUCCAGAUUUAGACACUUAUGGUAAAUUUUUUGCACAAUCGGUAAGAUCCAAGGGUGAUCAACCAUGUUUUGCCUAUAGAGAGUAUGAUUAUGUACAAAAGAAGUCUGCCAACUCCUACACUGAGAUUUCUUACCGUGAAGUUAAUGAGAGAAAGAAGAGAUUUGGUUCAGGAUUGUUGUAUUUACUUCAAAAUAGUAGCUACAAGCAACCAGAAAAAUACGAAAGUCAUGCCUUGAUCGACUCUCAUGUCUCCAAUUACGGCAAAUUUAACAAGGAUAAAAUGUCCUUUAUUUUGACCGUGUUUGCCCCUAACAGAUAUGAAUGGAUUUUGACAGAUUUGAUGUGUUCAGAUUUCCUGAUCACCAAUUCUUCCUUAUAUGACACUUUGGGACCAGAUGUCUCCAAAUAUAUUUUAGAAUUGACCGAAUCACCUGUGAUUGUUCUUGCUAAGCAUAAUAUCCAGACUGUUCUUAAUUUGAAGAAACGGUACCCCAAGGAAUUGGGCAACUUGAUCAUGCUUAUUUCCAUGGAUCCAUUAGAUUUAGAAGGUGACAACCAAAGUAGAUCUUUUGAAGAUAUUAGUAACGUUCAAUAUGCUCGUGAAUUGGGGUGUACCCUUAUUGAUUUGGAAAGAGUCGAAAAAAUCGGUCAAGUUUUCCCUCACAUUGAAUUACCAUCUACUCCUGAGCUGACUUACACCAUCAGUUUCACAUCUGGAACGACUGGUUCGCGUCCAAAGGGAGUUGUGUUGUCACACACUGCUGCCGGUGCCGGGAUCACUUUUGUGUUGGCCCAAAUGCCCAAUAUUCCAGGUGGCAGAGCCUUUGCCUUUUUACCCUUGGCUCAUAUCUUUGAAAGACAAAACACUGCCUUUGUAUUGAGUUACGGAGGUUGUGUAGGGUUCCCACAAUUGGAAGGUCUGCCAUUAACCUUGGUUGAAGAUUUGCAAUUGUUUAAACCUAACCAUAUGUCCAAUGUUCCAAGAGUUUUGACCAAGUUUGAAGCUGCCAUCAAGGCUGCUACCGUUGAUCAUCCAACUUCCAGUUUCACUAGAGGUUUAUUUGAACGUGUAUUGGGGACCAAAAUGGAAUUACAAUCACAAAAGGAUGGGGAACCAGGUAAACAUUUGGUUAUUGAUAAUCUUUUAUUAAAGAAAAUUAGAGCCAAGUUUGGAUAUGAUAAUAUGUUAUUUUCCGUUACUGGUUCAGCACCAAUUUCUGUAUCCACCGUGACUUUUUUGAAGGCUGCAUUAAACAUUGGAAUUGCUCAAGGUUAUGGAUUAACAGAAUCAUUUGCUGGGAUGGCAUUGACUGAACCAUAUGAUAUUAGUCCUGGAUCUUGUGGAUCUACUGGUGUUUGUACCGAGAUGAAAAUCAGAGAAUUACCUGCAAUGGGUUAUCAUUUGAACGAUGCCGAAGGUCCUAGAGGAGAAUUAUUAUUGAGAGGAUUCCAAAACUUUUCUCAUUAUUAUAAGAAUCCUGAAGAAACUGAAAAGGCUAUUGAUAAGGAUGGUUGGUUUUACACUGGAGAUGUUGCUAGAAUUGAUUCCAGAGGUAGAAUUUAUAUCAUUGAUCGAGUAAAGAAUUUCUUCAAGUUGUCUCAAGGUGAAUACGUUACACCAGAAAAGGUUGAAAAUGCAUACCUUUCAUCCAACUCAAUUUUACAACAAUUGUUUGUUCAUGGAACUUCAUUAGAACAUUAUUUGGUUGGAAUUGUUGGUGUUGAUUUAGAAUUAACUAGAAAUUUUCUUGCUGAAAGAUGUCAUGUUCCAAAAUCCCAUUUAGCUUCAGAACGUGAGGUGAUUGAUCAGAUCAAUAAGAAGGAAAACAAGGCGAUUUUAUUGGAAUAUUUGAAUGCAAAUGUUUCUAAAUCCACCAAAUUGCAAGGGUUUGAAAAGAUUCACAACAUUUACAGUGAAAUUGAACCUUUAAGAUUAGAUAGAGAUGUUGUUACCCCAACCAUGAAGUUGAAGCGUCCAAUUGCAAGCAAAUUCUUUGAUAAGUCUAUCAAGGAGAUGUACGCAGAAGGCUCAUUAUUGAAUGGAACAAAGUUGUAGAGUAGACUUGAGAGAAGAAUAAAUAAAAUAAAUCAUAUAAUAU